CGCUUUGCCAACGAUGGAGUUGAGAGGAUCCGGACAGCUCACAGAGUCCCCCAGCGGCGGGCAGGAGGAUGCGACAUUCAACCUCCUCAUCCUGGCCCUCACUGAGACCCUCAGCCUGGGCGGGCUGCUGGGGAACGGGGCGGUCCUCUGGCUGCUCAGCUCCAAUGUCUACAGGAAUCCCUUUGCCAUCUACCUCCUGGACGUGGCCUGCGCCGACCUCAUCUUCCUCGGCUGCCACAUGGUGGCCGUCGUUCCUGACUUGCUGCGUGGCCAGCUGGACUUCCCAGCCUUCGUCCAGACCAGCCUGGCCACGCUGAGGUUCUUCUGCUACAUCGUGGGCCUGAGCCUCCUGGCGGCCGUCAGCUUGGAGCAGUGCCUGGCCUCCCUCUUCCCGGCCUGGUACCCGUGCCGCCGCCCACGCCACCUGACCACCUGCGUGUGCGCCCUCACCUGGGCUCUCUGCCUGCUGCUGCACCUGCUGCUCAGUGGUGCCUGCACCCAGUUCUUCGGGGAGCCCAGCCGCCACUGGUGCCGCACACUGUGGCUGGUG